CUCAUCGCUUGAAAACAGUUCGUAAAAAUUGUGAAUUUUGAGUGAUUAAUUUGUCGAAUUUAUUGUUCAAAAGGUAGUGCAAAAGUUUGCGAAACAUGUCCACUGCUGAAAAAAUCGAAGAAACCCCAGUGAAGGGUAAAACCAAGGAGAAAGAGGAGGAAAAAACGGAGUUGAGCGACGAAGAUAAACAGUUGCAGGAUGAGUUGAAUAUGCUGGUGGAACGGCUGCAAGAGCCGUCGGUGGAACUGUACAUGCCGGCACUGGAAACCAUGGCCCGGCUAAUCAAGGCAUCGACCACCUCGAUGACGUCGGUUCCGAAACCGCUGAAGUUUAUGCGUUCGCACUUCGAGACAAUGAAGGAAAUCCACAAGAAAAUGACCGCUACGCUGAAGGACAAAUCGACUUCCAAGCUGUGCGCGGAAAUCAUUUCGGUGCUGGCCAUGACGAUGGGAACGGGAAAGGAGUGUCUAGUUUAUCGUCUGCUGUGCGACGAUAGCAACGAAAGUAUCGGUGACUGGGGUCACGAGUAUGUGCGCCAUCUGAGUGGGGAAAUAGCGUCUAAUUGGCCGGAGACGACGGAGGAUUUCAAGAAGCGGUUGAUUCAUUUGAUUCAUCAAAUUAUUCCGUACAAUAUGGCACAUAAUGCCGAAGCGGAGGCGUGCGAUUUGUUGAUGGAAAUCGAGCGACUCGACCUGCUGGAGGCCUACGUGGACGAGAGUGCCUAUCCGAGGGUUUGCCUGUAUCUGCAGAGUUGCGUUCCCUAUGUGCCGGAGCCGGAGAACAUAAGUCUGCUGAAGUGUGCGCUGAAUUUGUCCCGCAAGUUUAACAUGCACACUCAGGCCAUGCGGCUGGCAAUGAUGAUCAACGAUCCGCAGCUGAUUCAGGAGAUUUUCACCUCCUGCAGUGAUCUGGCCGUUCAGAAGCAGCUGGCCUUUAUGCUCGGUCGGCAGCAAAUCUUCCUGGAGCUGCCGGAAGGUUCGAACGAUUACGACGAUUUGGUGGAGAUUAUGUCGAAUUCUCAUUUGAAUAACCAUUUUCUUAAUUUGGCCCGCGAGUUGGAUAUUAUGGAGCCGAAAACGCCGGAGGAUGUGUACAAGUCGCAUCUGGAUAACUCACGGACGCCGUUCGGUUCGUCGCAAAUUGACUCGGCCCGGCAGAAUCUGGCUGCCAGCUUCGUGAACGGAUUUGUUAAUGCCGGUUUUGGUCAGGAUAAGCUGCUGAUGGAGGACGGAAAUAAGUGGCUGUAUAAGAAUAAGGAACACGGCAUGUUGAGUGCCACGGCUUCGCUGGGUUUGAUACUGCUUUGGGACGUUGAUGGCGGUUUGACCCCGAUUGAUAAGUAUCUGUACUCGAAUGAGGAUUACAUCAAAUCCGGUGCGUUGCUGGCUUGUGGCAUUGUCAAUUGCGGUGUGAGGAAUGAAGUUGAUCCGGCCUUGGCUCUGCUUUCGGAUUAUGUGCUUCAUCAGAAUAGUACGAUGAGAAUUGGGGCCAUCUUAGGGCUGGGUUUGGCCUAUGCUGGUUCGAAUCGUUCCGUUGUUCUGGAACUAAUUGGUUCCGUUUUCAGUUCGGAACGACGCACCGGUUCGACUAUGGAAGUGAUGGGUAUUGCCGCGCUGUCUCUCGGUAUGAUUGCGGUUGGCUCCUGCAACAGUGAGGUGUCGGAAGUUUUGCUGCAAACUAUCAUGGAUCGUUCCGAGCUUGAACUGAAGGACACUUAUGCUCGUUUCUUGCCAGUUGGUUUGGGAUUCGUUUAUCUCGGUCGCCAAGAGGCAGCCGAAACGGUUAUUGCUGCUUUGGAGAUUAUCCAGGAACCGUUCCGUUCUAUGGCCAAGACAAUGGUCGAAAUUUGCGCCUAUGCUGGCACAGGAAACGUUCUGAAGAUUCAACAAUUGCUACAUCUCUGCUCGGAACACUACGAACCGGCCACAACGGAAAGUGAGAGUUCAUCGUCGAAAAAAGAUGCCGCUGCUGCGGCCGCCGCCGCCCAGAAGGAAAAGGAAGACAAAGAAAAGGACCUUUCCGGCUGUCAAUCGGUUGCCGUACUCGGAAUCGCUCUGAUUGCGAUGGGCGAAGAGAUCGGAUCGGAAAUGGCCUUCCGGUCGUUCGGCAAUCUGCUCCGUUACUGCGAGCCCUGCAUUCGUCGCGCCGUUCCGCUAGCGCUGGGUCUCAUCUCGGUGUCCAACCCUAAAUUGAACAUUUUAGACACGCUGAGCAAAUUCUCCCACGACAGCGACGCUGAAGUGGCACACAAUGCGAUCUUCGCUAUGGGACUGGUCGGUGCCGGAACUAAUAACGCCCGACUGGCUGCGAUGCUGCGUCAGUUGGCUCAAUAUCACGCCAAGGAUCCGAACAACCUGUUCAUGGUUCGAAUCGCUCAAGGACUGACCCAUCUGGGCAAGGGAACGCUUACUCUCAGCCCGUACCACAGCGAUCGACAGCUGAUGAGUCCGGUAGCCGUCGCCGGUUUGAUGGCCACCCUCGUUUCCUUCAUGGAUGUUAAGAACAUUAUUUUAGGCAAAUCACACUAUUUGCUGUACACUCUAGCCACUGCAAUGCAGCCAAGAAUGCUGAUCACUUUCACGGAAGAUUUAAGCCCCUGUCCCGUUCCGGUUCGUGUGGGAAUGGCCGUCGACGUCGUCGGACAAGCGGGCAAACCGAAAACCAUCACCGGCUUCCAGACGCACACCACCCCGGUGCUGCUGGCGAUGGGCGAACGUGCCGAGCUGGCCACCGAAGAGUACCUCUCCCUGACACCCAUCAUGGAGGGCUUCUGCAUUCUGCGGAAAAACCCCAACUACACACCUUAGAGGGUGGACUUUCAACACAAAAACAAAGCGAUUUAAAACCUUAAAUUUAUUGAACUUUCCAAGUAUUUGAAUAAAGCAUAAUUCAA